CGCGCGCAAAGAUGGCGACGCCCUAUGUGACGGACGAGACCGGCAGGUACAUCCCCUCCACGCAGCGGCCGGACGGGACCUGGCGGAAGCAGCGCCGGGUCAAGGAGGGCUACGUGCCCCAGGAGGAGGUGCCCGUCUACGAAAACAAAUACGUGAAAUUUUUCCGGAGCAAACCCGAACUUCCCCCGGGUUUAAACCCGGAUCCCAACCCCUCCCCCCCCGAGCCGCGCCCCUUCCGACCCUCCCCCUCCUUAUCCAAAACCGCCCGCAGGAACCUGAAACGCAAAGAAAAACGGAAACAACAGCAGGAAUUAAAAAAUCAAGAGGGUGAACAACGCUCAACGCUGGAAAAAAUCGAUUUAGGGGGAGGAGGAGGAGGAAAAAAGGAAGAAAAAAAGGUGGAAAAUUCGGAUUUGAGCAGCGAGAGGAGCAGGAGGAUGAAGAGCCUGAGGAAGAAGCUGCGGCAGGUGCAGGAGCUGCAGCAGCGCCUGGAGCAGGGCGCGAUCCCCCAGCCCACCAAGGAGCAGCUGGAGAAGCUGGGCAGGAGGAAAGCGCUGGAGGAGGAACUCAGGGGGUUGGAGAUGGACUCUUAA